CGGACAAUAUACAUAUAAUGGCGGAAGGAGUGUUGAAGGCGGGUCCCAGCUAGUCUGUUGAAAUUUUCGCGACGUUUCCUUUAGUCAAAGUAUUUCAGAGCCUAGCUUUCAUUUAUUUUUCUCUUUGGGAGAGUUUAGAUGGAAAUAAGUAUACGUUUUUUUCGCGAAAUCACCAAGCCUUUUCUACUCCCACGGCUGCAACUUCAUCGUGAAAGUAUCCUGCCUCGUCAUCGUUCCAAUUUCAUCAUCAUUUUCAGCUGAUCGUCGCUUGCUAUGAAAUAAUAUUUACAGUAAGGGUGUGGUGGUUUAUUUCGAAUUUUAAAAGCGCGGAAAUAACCGUCGGAAAGAUGGAAAAGAAGAGUAAUUUCAUUCUCCUUCGCGAUUUGGAAGACCCUUCGACCCAAGAUUCUAGUGUACUGUGGGGAAUGUUGACGAAUUAUGUAUACGGAACGCAACCUCCAGUAGCCUUGAAGGGCGAAUUAUUUGAAGCUCGUCCAGUAGAAGAACAACCCACUGGAGACAGCGACAGAAUUGCUUUACGUGGGCUGAAGCAGAAGUGUCUGGAGGUCGAUUGUCUUAAAGAAGAUUUACAAGUAAUCACACCAGAAGACGCCCAAAUUUUGUUGGCUGUUCAAUCCUAUAGUGAAAGAUGUAACAUUGUGAACGACAAGCAGGAUCUUCUGAGGUGGGGUUUGACGGAGAAUGAAGGAUGUCAUGUGCUUGUUUGGUUGGAUGAUUUGAAGAAGAAUGUGGAUGCAGUUGUUCAUUACAAAGGCGCCCUUCCUCCUUAUGAUGGGAUCAUGUUUGGUGUUGAGAUUGUGGACCCCCGUUUUCAAAACAGAGGAACCACAGAUGGAGUAUUCAGAUGUCAGAGGUACUUCAAAUGUUCCCCUGGGGCUGGUUUGUUUGUGUCACUUGAUAGAAUCACUGCUUCUUUGGAAGAAACAGAUCAGCAAGUGAAAGAAGACAAUGACCAAGAUGAAUACACUUGCAUAGGAGAAGGAGUGAAGAAUGGUGGAGAUGAUUCUGGGAUGGAAAGCUCAGGACACUCUCUGAUUGAAGCUGAGCUUCUUCAAGGAAGGAAUGACGCUUUAAUUCUGGAUGAAAAUGACAUGGAUGGAUCAGAAAUUAUUGACAAUAUAGAGGAAUGUGACACUAUCGAGCACGGCUCUGAGAGUCUUGAAAAGGGAGAGAAAUCAAGUGAAGACGAAGCAGAGGACUUCAAACAGUUAUAUCUUCAGCAAAAGAAGCUAUUGCAGGAGACGCAGUAUCGUUUGAAAGAAAGCAAUCUGAAGAUUGUUAGCUUACAAAAGCGCCUGGACGAAGAGGUUAUACUCGGAGGGAAGUUAAGAGAGAAGUGUGAUGCUUUGCUCAAGAGUUUAGCUGAAGAAGCACUUCACCGAGCCGAGGCAGAGAGUUUGUUAGAGGAAGAACGAGGCAAGAGUCGUAAAAUACAGAAACAGUUUGACCGCGAGUGGGCUGAAUUUGAGAAGAGAUUAAUCGAAGAGCGCGCCAUGAGAUCAGAUAUUGAGCGACAAUCAAAGGGCUUCAUGAAACAAUUGGAGGAAGAAAAAAGUUGUAAGAUGGCGUUACAAAGAGAAUUGGAGGCCUUGAAAGAAAGACUGAAUUAUCAGGAAAAGUACGGCCAGUACAAGGAAGGACCACAAGAUUCAGUGAUAUACGAGGAAACGUGUGAAAGUGAAGCUCACACAGACCUGGAAUCAAGUGACUGGAUAAUCAGCCGUGACGAAAUUGAAGUAUCCAACGGAAAAAGCUUGGGCACUGGUGGUUGGGGCGUGGUGAGGGAAGGAAAAUUCCGCGGCUGUAGAGUGGCGGUAAAACAGAUUCACGAACUUAUUCUUUCUCCUCACAACAGGCGUUUGUUUAUGCGUGAGAUGGAAAUUGCCUCCAGGUGUCGGCAUCCCUGUCUUCUUCAGUUCGUCGGGGCAACGAAUGAUGAUGGCAUCCCGUUGUUUGUCACAGAGCUGAUGGACACCAGUUUAAGAGAUCUUCUUGAGAAACAACCGCUCAACAAAGUAAACAUUGUCACUAUUGCGCUUGACGUGGCCAGGGCUCUGAACUAUCUGCACCUAAACAAACCUCCCAUCAUUCACCGCGAUGUGAGCAGUGCUAACGUAUUGCUAUGGCGACGAGACAACCAGUGGCGGGCCAAAGUGUGUGACUAUGGUACUGCGAACUUCAUGAGACACUGUAGGACCAUAAACCCAGGGGCUAUCGUAUAUUCUGCACCAGAGGCCCUCUCGUUAGAGCAGUCGCCAAAGAUCGACGUUUACAGCUUCGGUUUGUUGCUCUGCGAAAUGUGCAUCCGGGAACUCCCCGUUCCUCGUCAGACUGAAGACCAGAUCUCAUUGAUAAAAGAUGAAGUCUUAAGAAACCUGGUGACAAGUUGCGCACAACAAGAUCCCGAAGAAAGACCGAAAAUGGCCGAGGUAAUCGGGAAACUGGAACAAAUGGAACAUACAAGUGAUAUAUAGAAUGUUAUAACUGAGGUAUUGUAAAUUAUUUAGGUAGGGUAGGGGAAGGGGAACUUGACGAUGUGGAAAUGGACGAAUAAUUAAUUUAUUUUUGAACUAAAUAGACUUCUUUCAUGAGGUUUUGCAGUGGUUGUGGGUUAAAGAAGAUGACGUGAACUUUAGAAAUUUUUGAUAUACAGUUGAACACCGAUAGCUCGAACUCUCGGUAACUCGAAUUUCCCGCUAAAUCGAAGCAAAACUGAUUUCCCUUGGAUUUGCCUCAUACGUUUACUGUAAUUUUAACCCCUAUGACUCGAAACCCCGCUAACUCGAAGCGAUUUUCACUUCCCUUCAGGUAAUUUUCUUUGUAAUUUUACCCUCGAUAACUCGAAGUCGAUUUCCACUUUUGCGGACUAAUGAGCCAUAACAUUUUGCACCGGAAUAUUACAUUUAAUCUCGUUUAUAUAUUAUGACAAAUUGACCUUUUUCGAUAUCACACGUUUGUAGGUCCGUAAACAAACAGUUUUUACAGUUCUUCCCGGCAAAGAGAAAUAAUGCGCGUAAUCUGGAAUCGAUCAAGUGUUUCUGGUCUUUUUGUUCAAACCCCCUAUACCUCAAAACCCCGAUAACUCGAAGUAAUUUCAAUUUCCCUUGGCAAUUCGAGUUACCGGGGUUCAACUGUAUAUGUAUUUGCGAAAUAUUUAAAGUUACCCUUAUUCUUUAGAACUACUAUGUGAAUUACAUAAAAAAAUAAAUUCAGUUCAAAAUGACUAAAACAAAUAACAAAUAACAAAUAAAUAAAUAAAAUAAAUAAAAAAAUAAAUAACUAAAUAAACACAAAAGAUAAAAAAGAGAAAAAAAUUCUAAACGGAAAAGCUCAGGAACUAGAUGAGGUGAAGCCUUUCUCGCUUAGAGGGUUAUUUGUGCAUUUGAGUGGGAUGCCUGUGUCCGAGAUGUAGAUAGUCAAGUGCAUUUCUACUAGGACAUUAUAUUUUACAGUACAAUUCUUUGCCUUUGUCGUCUGAACUUUAAGUAACCCCUGAAAAAUUUGAUUUGGAUAUCAAUGAUAAAAAGUUUUUUCUUGUCUCGUGGCAAACUAAUCAUAAUAAUGUUUAUUGAAAAAAAUAAGUAUCCUGGCAAAAAAUACUUGGGGAUUUUUAAUAAAGUUGGGGGUAAUGGGUGCAUUCAAUUAUUUUAAACCGUUAGGGAAGAGCUGGUGGAUUCUUAGGAUCUUCUUAGAUAGGAUAGGAAUUAAGGUUUCUCAUAAGUUGAUUGAUUUUCAUUUUUCAAGGAUUUUCCUUUUCGUUGCGCUCACAAGUAAUUAUUUUAGUAAUGUCACAUUGUUGGAAUUCUUAGACAGUUUUCUUGUCUUUUUUUUUUCGGUAACAUUUAAGGGCAAAAUUGCUUUGUUACGACUGAAUGAAUCAUGUGGAUAAUGCAUAAAGUGUUAAAACGUAUUAAAUAUUUUGCGGUGAUAGCACAAUGUUUGCAAGAAGACUGGGCAGUUUGUGAAGAACUAUGCUGGUUUGUAAAUUUAUAUCGAAAUGUGACAAUUAAAAUUAGGUUGAUGCGAACUGUA